CUUUAGAAACUGUGCCUAUUGAACACAUUUGAAGGCACAGCCAGUCCUCACACACGAGCGCGAGGUGGAAGAAACACAUAUCCACUUAACUAGGCUAGGAAAGUGAUUCGGUUUGUUGAACAAAUUCGCUGCCGACUAUAGUGUUAAUUCAUAAUUUAUAUAAGCUGAUUAGUGAAAUGGCAUCCUGUGAAGAAAAUGCCUUUGAUGAUGGGCUUCAAAGUGAGUCAUUAACAGACGUGCGUACUCCAUCACCAUCUAUUUUGAACUCCCCGAAAGAGCAAAUGGAUGAGUCAGACGGUGAAGAUGAUGGUGUCAAUGUCACCAUUAGACCACUGCGUCCGCCACUGCACACGGCGGAAGACGAAAUAAACCGCGAUACGGAAAGCAAGUCUAAGGUAGGUGGAGAUGCAGGUAAAGUGAAGCGCCGUACCUUGUGUGGGGCAGCGCGUCGUAGGCUGCAAAAGCUUAUGAACAACGGGAUGGACUACAACGCAGCCCGUGAGCAAGCAAAACUGCCUCUAGCUAGCACCCCCAAGAGAGUGAGGAAUUCUGAUCUCGACCGUACCAACAGUAGCGAAGGUAAGCCAGCGUCAAAGAAGUUAUGCGAUGGUCAAAUCUCUGAGGAGGAACAUGCCAACGACAUGCUUACUGAAAGCCCAUCUCAACAGGUAAAUGAAAAAGUUGUAAACAAUUCCAAAGCGCCUCGAAAUGUCGGGAAGAAUGAAAGGGACCCUAAAGACCCUAAGCUGCCACACAUUUCGAGGACUAUGCAUGGGCAGGGACGAGAGGCCCUCCCUGCUCCUACUUAUAGCGAUAUUGCUAACCGGGUAAGGCUAGGAAUUAUGCCCAAGAAUUAUCCUGUGAUUGAGCUGUCAACUAACCAACAGGAAGUGGUACAAGAAGCCCUCCUGUUGAAAGUUGUUCAGCAACGCCGGGAACAAUUCAAGCCUAAGUUUGCUUGCUGUAGGUUUAGGCCUGGGUACCUAGUGCUCACAUGCCAGGGCAAAGAAACCGCUAAUUGGGUAAAAGAUAAAUUUACGUCAUUGGUACUUUGGGAAGGGGCAGAUUUGGUUGUCGUGGACGAGGAUAAAAUCCCACGUCCUGAAGUCUUAAUUGCUUUCUUCCCAUGGAGUGCCAAAUACAGUAACGACAUGAUUUUGUCUCUCAUUGAGAGCCAAACUGAAGAUAUGUUUGCUGAUACAUGGAGGGUUCUAUACCGUCGAGUAAAGGGCGAGCACCUUGAACUUAGCUUUACGGUAGACGAUUCCUCUUUGCGGAAGUUAAGUGCGAACAAAUUUGUAUUGCAUUACAGGUAUGGGCAGAUUCAAAUUACUAAGAAACGCCCUGCUCAACCCAUUGAUAAAAGAAUAGUGCCAGUUAUCCCUACAGUUGCCCCGGACGAAAAGGCCAUGGAUUGUGAGCUAGUCCUGGAAGGCCAUAACAUUCCAGGGACAAGUAGAGCUGAAAAUUAUUCUUUUGUUCACUCGGGAAGUUCUGGAAAAGAUGUAGACACCGCCGGUGCUAUAGGAUUAGACAGCCAGGGGCAACAAAAUGCCCUUGGUUACAAAAACCUAAGAGCUGAUGAUUUAGGUAGCCAAGGGCAAAACAAAGCCCAUGAUGCUAACAAAUCAAAAGCCAGGAAGCCCAGCGGAGCUACUACAGAAUCGUCUAUUCAAAAUCGUCUCCAGCAGAGGGAUUAAAGUGCCCCGCCAAUUAUAUUAUGUUCUUUGUUUAAUAAAUCAAUAAAAAAUAGUAAAUAAAAAAAAAAUAAAAAAAUGAGUGCCAUGAAAAUUAUUCAAAUAAAUCUUCACCACGCGAAGGGUGCUUCAGCUGUGCUCAGCAGAAGAUUUAUUAGAGAACAGUUAGACGUGGGAUUAAUUCAAGAGCCCUGGGUAAAUAAUGGAAGGGUAAUGGGUUGCUCUUCGCAGAAUUGUAGUAUCUUGUAUGACGAAAGUCAAUCUAAUCCAAGAACAGCCAUUUUAGUAAGUAGGAGAACAAAAUUUGUCCCAAUUACUGAGUUUAUUACAAGAGACAUUGUUGCGAUUAAAAUGGAGGUCCCAACAAUCCAGGGAAAAACUGAGGUAUGCAUUGCUUCAGCAUAUUUUCCAGGAGACGUUGAUGAUGUGCCUCCAUCUUUGGUCGUAAAUUUUGUUAAUUAUUGCAAAAAAAUAAACGCCCAAUUUGUUAUAGGGUGUGAUGCAAAUGCCCAUCAUACCAUAUGGAGCAGUACUGAUAUUAAUAAAAGAGGUGAGGAUCUCCUGAAUUACAUUUCGUCUAAUAAUAUAGACAUAUGCAAUAAACGGGAAUCGCCAACUUUUAUUAAUGCUAUUCGACAAGAAGUUUUAGAUCUUACGCUUUGCAGUUAUCUGCUAUCAGAUAAGAUCGUGAACUGGCAUGUUUCUGAUGAGGAAUCACUGUCAGAUCACAAACAUAUCAGGUUCGAUUAUAAAGCCGGAUCAAAUUUAAUUGAAAGCUAUAGAAACCCAAAGAAAACUAAUUGGGACCUCUAUCGCUUCUAUUUAAUGAAUGAAAAUUCAUAUGCGGGUGAGCAGAUCUUGUCUGUUUCACAGUUGGAAAAUGCCUCUGAUGAGAUUAUUGAUAAAAUAAUCUCAUCAUAUCAUGCUAGCUGCCCAAUCCGACAGAGGUCAUCCAACAGGGAUGUCCCUUGGUGGAAUGAUAAGCUGGCAGAACUGAGGAGGAAAUCUAGACGGUUGUUCAAUAGAGCAAAAGUUACAUCUGAUUGGGUUCAGUAUAAACAAGCCCUUACAGAAUACAACAGAGAAUUGAGGCUAGCCAAACGGAAGGAUUGGAGACGGGUAUGUGAAGACAUCAAUAACGCUCCUACAGCUGCAAGGCUUCAUAAAGUCCUUUCGAAAGACCAUUCAAAUGGUCUUGGCAGUCUUAAAAAGGAAGAUGGCAGUUUUACUGUUGACUCUUCUGAAACAUUGGAAAUCAUGAUGAGAACUCACUUCCCAGGGUCGAUUCCUUGUUCGGAUGAAGAACAGGACUCAGAUAAGGUAA